AUGGAAACAUAUACCUGGUACAAUAUAGCGGUGGUGUGUUUUGCAGCUUUUGGCUCCCUCUUUACCGGUUAUUCCCUUGCCGUCUUUGGCUUUACUAUCGGUCAGCCGACCUUUUAUACCUCGCUUGGGUUGGUAGGAGACUCAAGUGCUCCUGGAUACAGCUACACCAACGAUAUCAUCGGGGCUGCCAAUGGCGUCUUUUUCGGUACUGGCUUCUUUGGCUGUUUUUUGGCCGGCUGGGCUGGAAACCGCUUUGGACGAGUGAACGGGUUCCGUAUCGCGUCCGUGACGGGCAUCAUCGGAGGUACCCUUCAAUGUGGAUCGCAAUCACCGGCGAUGUUCUUGGUCGCACGAGCGGUGGCCGGGCUGGCAGCAGGACACACAAUGGCAGCCAUGCCGACCUAUUUCGCAGAAGUUUCUCCUCCUCAUUCUCGAGGCCUGAUUACAGGUGCACACGCAAUCUUCAUCAACUUGGGCUAUUGCACAGCAGGAUGGAUUGGGUUCGGAUGCUACUUCACGCCUGCUUCCGAAUUUGCAUGGCGGUUUCCCUUUGCCGUGAUCAUCAUCUGGAGUAGUUGUCUUCUUGCAGGAUCCUUCUAUGUACCGGAAAGCCCAAGAUUCUUGGUUCAGCAUGAUGAUCAUCAAAAAGCACUAAAAGUCCUGGUCCGACUUCAUCAUGAUCCGCGUGAUCCAGAUGACACAUUUGCUCACCGAGAAUUGCAGCUGAUCAUGGAUAGCUGGGAAGCGGAAAAGGAAGUGGUCCGCACUGAUGGUAGAUGGCGACUGUUCACCAAGAAGGCCAACCGUCAGAGACUACUUCUUGCCUGGCUGGUGAUGGUAGGGGGCCAGAAUCUUGGGCCAUUGGUCAUCAAUACCUAUAACGUCUUGCUCUACGGUUCGCUUGGUCUUGGGCCUACGACUUCGCUGCUCUUGUCAGCAGUGUACAACACGGUGGGAUUGGUCAUCGCUUGCAUUGGAGGCAUGAUUGCCGACCGUCUCGGGAGGCGAAGAGCUUUGCUUUCUGGCUAUGUGUCUGUGACCUGUGUCUUUGCGGUCCUGACGGGAAUGAUUGCCAAGUACAAUACCACACCAACAAAGGGUUGGGCUGCUACAGCUACCACCUUUAUCUAUAUCUUCGUUACCUGCUACAACUCAUUUGUCGAUCUCAACCAGUUCACCUUUGCAACCGAGAUAUUUCCCACUCAUGUGAGGACUCAGGCAUCUGCCAUCGCCAUCAGUGGGUUGUUUCUGACCGACAUUCUCUGGUUGAAUCUCCUGCCAACUGCUCUGGCUACCAUUGGCUGGAAGUAUUAUCUGGUGUUUGUCUGCUUGGCUGUUGUGCACACCAUCUACUUGUUCUUUUAUCUUCCAGAGACGGGCGGCUGGCACUUGGAGGAAAUGGACCAGGCCAUGGCUGCUGGUCCCGGCCAUUCUCAUUCCCAAGCUGAAGAAGUUGACCUCGCUGAAAAGAAUCUGGGUGGUACAAGCCAUGUGGAAGCUCCUUCUACGGCCAAUGCUGUACACAUCGAAGGAAAAGAGUAG